CCUAACCCUGUUAGAAUCUAGGAUGGUUGUCCCAUCCAUACCUCCUCCCUGCCGCCACUCCACCUGGAUCCUCGGGAUCCAUCCCGGACCAACCAGCGAGCCCACCUCCUCCUGCUUUGAUCCCCGAAGGGAUCGAGAGAGCUGCCGCCGCCUCGUCACCUCCCGCGCCUCUCGACCCCCGCCUCCUCUGCAUGCAUCUCACCGGAGCAAGCCCCGUCCCGAUCCAGCCGUCGCCGGCGAACAACAGCAGCACCUGAGCCCCCCGCUCCCUGCCUCCUCACACCGGCGACCAACCCGACGACACCAGGCCCUGUCUCGCGCCCCUGUUUUUUUUCCUUCGUCUCCCUCGCUGCUCCCUCUGUCUCACCCGAUUCUCUCUCUCUCUCUCUCUCUCUCUCUCUCUCUCUCUCUCUCUCUCUCCCUCUCUGUUCUCUGUAACAGCGCCGUCUUCAACCUCGUCGAACCAGGCCACCCCGGCCAGCCUUCCGCCACCUGCAAGCCAACCCCACCGCCGGCCGCCCUUCCCCAUCUCGAUCGGAUCCAGGACCCCGCCGCCUCCAGCCACCUCUCCACGGUCAUGGCACCGCUGGAGGUUCCUUGCCUCGAGCCUCUGCCACGACCAGCACCCGACCAGCAGGUCGCCAGCGCGCCCGAUGCCUCCUCCUCGCGCAUGCCUGGCCGCGCCACCGGACCUCGCAGCCUCCUUCAACCUCGUCGCCUCAAGCCCCUGCUUCGUCUCCUCCUACGUGGAUCCAUUCGCCCUCGCGUCGUUCCCACGGGAUCAGGCGCGUUCCGGCCGGGAAGAGCCCCGCCGCUGCGACCUCCUGCAUCCUGCCGCCAUGGCGCCACUGCCGUUCUCCUUCAGCGAGACUAGUAAGCUUGCACGUGCAAUGCACGUCUUGCUUGCACAUGCAAAGGAAAAAAUAAGCUUGAAUAAUGAUCCAAGAGCAAAGGCGUUGGGACUAUCAGUGCCACCCAUCAGCAGCAUUGUCGACUUAUAUUUCUUCCUCAUUGGACCAUCACAUACUAUGUUCUUCUUAACUAUCACCUACUCAAGGCAGUUGCAGAGCUUUGCAUAUAAUUUCAUAUUAUUUCAACAUAAAUAGCACAGCUUAUCAAAUAACCCAGUAUAAAGAUAUAUGCAUGAAUUUCAGCACAACACAAAGAUCUAAACUUCAUGCUUUUACAAGGGUAGUAGUAGAUGAACACUAUACCACUACAAUAACUGACAAUAGUAUCUGAAUUGUGGAGCACGACCAGAAUGUUCAGAAAAGACGCAUGACAUUUACCUGAACAUGGAUAACCUGUUCGUCAAUCAAGAAGGCAUGUCUCUUCAGAGAAUAAUAUUCAGUUUCGCUGGUUAAAACUGCUUCUUGCUUUUAACUGCAUUUCGCUCAAAUUAGCCUAACCUCAAAACUGAGGACAGAUCAGUCUACUGCUAUUGCAGCAAGCAAAAUGAAAUUCAUUCAAAAACAGAAGAUAACAUAGAGAGCAAGCAUGACAUGGUGGAUAAAAUGCGACAGAUCGGUAGCUGGUACUCCCUCUGUAAACUAUUCCCUCCGU